AUGUCCGUCGCGGCAUCCGUGGGGUCAGGGCAACUGGAGCAUGACGUCAUCCCGUGUGAUCUUGAAGCUCGCGCCACGUGGCCGUGGCGUGGGACCGUGCCGGCGCUGAUCUCGGAGAGCAGCUGCGUCGUAGUCGUGUCGCCGCUCAUCUCUCUGAUGCGCGACCAGUGCAUCAAGAUCAACUACACCGUGGGCCAGGGCAAGCGGCGCGUGGCUACGUUUCUGGGCUCCGCACAGGUUGACCGAGAAGAGGAGAGCAGGGUGCUUCGCGGCGAGUACCAGUUGGUCUACGUCUCGCCCGAGAAGAUGAUGUCUGAAGGCUUUCUCGUCGGCCUCCGGGAGAUGGCCGCGCGGGGGGCGCUGAGCUGA